UCGACCAUACCAAUUUUCUCCCCUUUGAUUUACCCCACUAAUCCCUACGAUCUCAGCUUCGUAAGCUAUCAACCUCACGACAAGAAACCUACCCCAUAAUUGAACUAGAGACUAGAGGUGGUAAGCAAGCAUGGCCCAACCUGAGCAAGGCACGGGGGCUAUUGCCCCUGAUGAGACUUUUAACGAUGGCGAUUCUGCUAUUGACGAAGAAGUCAACUCUACAACCUCGUCAAUCGCCUCUUCGAUCUUCAAAUUCCGCAAGGAGCAUGGGAGGACGUACAAUGCCUACGGAGAGCGAAACUACUUCAUGCCCAAUGAUGAGAUGGAAAAGGAUCGUUAUGAUCUUGUACAUCACUUGUGGGGACUGACGCUCAGUGGAAGACUGCUCAUUUGUCCUGCUGCAAGUGGGGAGCUCCAUCGUGUUCUUGACGUAGGGACCGGAACAGGGAUUUGGGCUAUGGAUUUUGCGGAAGAGCAUCCUGAAGCGGAGGUGAUUGGUGUCGACGUCAGCCCAAUUCAGCCCACCUUUGUUCCACCGAACGUCCAAUUUGUGAUCGACGAUAUAGAGAAACCUUGGGCCUACUCUAAGCCCUUCGAUCUCAUUUUCAGCCGUCAAAUGCUCGGCGCAAUCCCGGACAUGAAAAGCUAUGUCCAAAAGUGUUACGAUAACCUGAAACCUGGCUCUUGGCUAGAGAUGCAGGAGCCAAAGCUUCCGGCUCUCUGUGAUGACGAUACCUAUGCUGGUACUCAGUUUGAGAAGUGGCAGAAUCUUGCCCUUGAAGCUAGCCGGAAGCUAGGUUGUCCAAUGGACAUUGCAUUGACUUGCAAGGCGACCAUGGAGGCGGUUGGAUUUGAAGAUGUCACCCAGGUCAUCUAUAAGUGGCCGAUCAACAAGUGGCCAGCUGAGAAGAAUAUGAAGGAAAUCGGCCUCUGGAGCUACGAGAACAUUACUUGCAAUCUAACUGGUAUCAACUUGGUGCUUUUCAUCCAUGGUCUUGGUUGGAAACAAGAAGAGCUGGAGACUUUCCUCGUGGAUGUCAGGAAGGACUUAAAGAAUCCCAAGAUUCACGCUUACUGGCCAGUCUAUGUCGUAUAUGGCAGGAAACCUGCAACUAAGAUUCCAGCCGACACUACCGCUGAGGUUACCCCUGCUCCGAUAGCUGAGGCCGUCUGAGUAACAGCGCGACACCAGGUCAGCAGUUUAGUCUUAAUAGGAAACAUCAAUACAAUGAACGAGACGAAAAGCCAUUGUACAAGGCUUAAGAUUUUUUCCGCAUGGGACCCGAGAG